AUGGAUAAGAAGUCAUCCUAUCUGGACAAUAUGGUUGGCAUGGGUGACAUGGUGCUGUUAGACCCCCUCACCGAUGAAUCUUUACUUUCAAACCUCAAGAAACGAUUCAGUAGCGAUGAGAUCUAUACUUACAUCGGGAGCGUGGUUGUUUCAAUUAAUCCAUACAAGGGGCUUCCUAUCUACUGCCAGGAGAAUAUCAACAAGUAUCGCAACUGUAACCUGUACGAGUUGAGUCCUCACAUCUAUGCCAUUGCAGAUGAGGCAUACAGAUCACUCCGAGACAGAGAUAAGGACCAAUGUGUUCUCAUUACUGGGGAGAGUGGAUCGGGAAAGACAGAGGCCAGUAAACUUGUGAUGUCCUAUAUUGCUGCAGUUUGUAGCAAAGGAGAAGAGGUCAAUCAGGUCAAAGAGCAGCUUUUGCAGUCAAAUCCUGUCUUGGAAGCAUUUGGCAACGCCAAGACUCUACGGAAUGACAACUCCUCCAGAUUUGGGAAGUACAUGGAUAUUGAGUUUGAUUUCAAGGGUGAUCCAUUGGGCGGCGUCAUUAGUAACUAUCUCCUGGAGAAAUCUCGUGUUGUCAAGCAUCUGAAAGGGGAAAGGAAUUUUCAUAUCUUCUACCAGCUGUUGGCAGGAGGAUCACCCGAUCUGCUCAAGCGUCUUAAAGUGCUACAGGACUACAAUCAUUACACUUACUUGAACAUGGAUACAACAACAUUGAAUGGAGUCAAUGAUGCCUCAAAUUUCAACACAGUUAAAGCUGCCAUGGAGGUCAUUGGGUUGAGCAAGACUGAAGUGGACUCCAUCAUGGAGACUAUUGCAGUUGUACUUAAACUUGGCAACAUCAGACUGAAUUCAGAAUCUCCAACGACUGGGUUAGAACAGUGCUACAUUGACAAUACCGAAGAACUGAAUGAUAUCUGCAGUUUGAUUGGCCUUGAUCAGUCUAUUCUCGACCGAGCACUCUGCUCUCGCACUGUGGAAGCCAAGGGGGAUAAAGUGAUAACAACAUUAACUGCUGCUCAGGGUUACUACGCACGUGAUGCUCUGGCGAAAAACCUUUAUGACCGCUUGUUUAGCUGGCUGGUGAACCGAAUUAAUGAAAGUAUCCAGGUUAAAGGCAAGAUGCAGAAGAAGGUGAUGGGAGUGCUGGACAUUUAUGGAUUUGAGAUUUUGGAGAACAAUAGCUUUGAGCAGUUUGUUAUAAACUACUGCAACGAGAAGCUGCAGCAGGUCUUUAUUGAAUUGACAUUGAAAGAGGAGCAGGAUGAGUACGUACGAGAGGGGAUUAAGUGGACGCAGAUCAAAUACUUUGACAACGCCAGCAUCUGUGACUUGAUCGAAAACGGUAAAAAAGGCAUCCUAGCAAUGCUGGACGAAGAAUGUCUCCGGCCUGGAACCGUGACUGAAUUUACUUUCCUCAAGAAGCUAAACCAGGUCUUUUCUGGCCAUCAGCAUUUCGAGAGCAAAGAGACUAAGAAUUCCAAAUUCAUUACCGAUACAACACUGACUGACAACUGCUUCCGUGUGCAGCACUAUGCAGGAAAGGUAACAUACGAUGUUGUGGAGUUCAUAGACAAGAACAAUGACCUUUUGUAUCGUGACCUAUCUAAGGCUAUGUGGCAGGCCAAGCACAAGCUCAUCAAGUGCCUUUUCCCUGAAGGGGACCCAAGUAAGACAUCAUUGAAGAGACCACAAACAGCUGGCUUUCAGUUCAAGGCCUCUAUAGGUGUCCUCAUGCAGAAUCUUCUGGUUAAAAACCCCAACUAUAUCAGAUGCAUCAAACCCAAUGACACAAAAUCCCCAGGCCAGUUUGUGGAUCUCCUGGUGCAAUCCCAGGUCAAGUACCUGGGGCUGAUGGAGAAUGUGCGGGUGCGACGGGCAGGGUAUGCCUACCGACAUCCCUACAAGCCCUGCCUGCAGCGGUACAAGAUGCUUUGUAAACAGACAUGGCCAAAUUGGACGGGGAGUGACCGGGAUGGCAUGAGUAUCCUUUUGACAGAAUUGAACAUACCCUCAGAGGAAUACGCAUUUGGACAGACAAAGAUCUUCAUCAAAAAUCCACAAACACUCUUUGACCUGGAAGAUCGACGGCGGAUUCAGAUGGAAGUCCUGGCUACCAUGAUUCAGAAGACUUAUCGUGGCUGGAAAUGCCGGACCCACUUCCUCCUGAUGAAGAAAAGUCAGAUCAUAAUCUCUGCCUGGUUCAGGGGACAUAAUCAACAAAAGAAAUAUAAAAAAUUGAAGCAAACCACCAUCUUUCUUCAGGCCUGGAUCAGGGGCUGGAAGGUCCGUAAAAUCCAGAAACAUCUCAAGCAGGAGCAACUUCGUAUUGAAGCUGCCACCAUCAUUGCGGCCAGCUGGCGUGGUUACCAGGUGCGGAAAAGGCAUGGGAAGUACUUCAAGAGCAAUGCUUCGAAGACAAUCUGUAACUUCAUCAUGUCUUCAAUUAUACACAAGUACCUACUUGGCCUAAAGAACACACUACCCUCAAUGUCUCUGACAGACAGGAAGUGGCCAGCAUUGCCUUAUCGCUUCUUGGAUAAAACUCACCAGGAAUUGAAAAGGAUCUUUUGCCUCUGGAAGUGCAAGAAGUACAGGGAUGCACUCUCGAACCAGAGGAAAGCAGAACUAGAAGAGAAGCUGUAUGCCAGCGAGCUCUUCAAGGAUAAGAAAGCAUCAUAUGCCUCCAGUGUGCCUCAGCCUUUCAAAGGACAAUAUUUGGAUGCUCAGAAAAAGGCCAAAUACCAGAAACUAGCCAGUGGCAUAGAGGGGAAGUUACUUAUGAUGGACACAGCUGCGAAAAUUAACAGAAAGGAUGGAAAGCGUUCUCCAAGGAUCUUGAUGAUGACAAACAAAUACUUUGCCCUGGCCGAUGCAAAGUCCUCCCAAAUUAAAACACUGAUCAAAAUGAAUGAAAUCAAGGGCAUCUCUAUGAGUGAGCGUAAAGAUGGACUAUUUGUGCUACAUAUAGUGGAGAAUUCUACUGUUGGGGUUAAGGGAGACUUCCUCUUAAACAGUGACCAUCUAGUGGAGCUCACCACCAAACUGCAUCGCUCAAUACUAGAUACAACCCAGCAGAAGAUAAACCUCAACAUACAGGACGAACUUUCUGUUAAGUUCAGUAAAGACACAGUCUCUGUGAAGUUUGUAAAUGCAACAGGGAAAAAUGGAAAUGUUCCACUGUGCAAGAAGAAAAACAGUCACUUAUUCGAGGUCGAGGUUCCUUAACUGUGAUGGCUCCAACCUAUCCAGUAGCUCAAUACCUAUUGCCUCCCAGGAUUGUGGAAAUUCUAGGACCCGAAUCUUUAAAGCAACAGCAGUUUUUAAAAAAAACAAAGUAACUUUUGAUUAAUCAUCACUUCACCAAUUGCACUGUGCUUGG